AUGCGUAUUAGGUCUUGCCGAGUAGCAUGCCGGUCUUUUGUACCUGGGAGAUGGUACAGCAAGGCCACCUCGUCGAAGGAAGGUUCAUUGAAGCAAACUCUCUCCAAAGAAGCCCUGUCCAAGAAGCAGGCUUUCGUGACGCGGCUUGCUCAAGUGACAGAGGCAACUUCAGACCCGUAUCCUCGUUUUGAGACACCUGCCAAUCCAUUCGCUAUUUCGGAGUUCAUACAUCGAUACAGCUAUUUAGCCAACAAAGAAUUUGUAGAUUUUGAUCAAGUCACCGUAACCGGUAGGGUUCAUCCUCUGCAAUUUGAGUCGCCUGGAACGGGUAGGGGUCUCAAAGCAGAUAUUCAAGAGAUUCUAUCGUAUGAUUCGCCGCGGCGAUGCCUUUUACUGAACCAGAACGCAACAGCUAUAACGGGUAAACCGCACCGUACAGAACGGGGUGAGCUCUCGAUUGUGGCCACAGACCUGCCUCAACUCCUCUCUCCGUGUCUGCAUGAUAUCCCGCUCGAUGCGCAUGGACACGAAAACUCUCCAUAUCCACGCCAUGUUCAGAUGCUUGGUGACCCGGCUACGGUGAAAGUCAUCAAGUCCAGAUCUCUCAUUACUCAACAUAUCCGCCAGUUCCUACUGGAUAAAUCAUUUAUGGAAGUCAGCACUCCAAUACUGAACGGGAUUCCUGGCGGUGCAAGCGCUCGUCCUUUUUAUACGUCUGCCACCGAAUUCCCAGAUCGGCAGCUUGCCCUUAGAAUUGCUCCUGAGCUCUGGCUGAAACGCCUGGUCGUGGGCGGUUUCGAUCGGGUCUUUGAGAUCGGCCCGUCGUUCCGGAAUGAAGGCCUAGACAAAACCCACAACCCGGAGUUCACAACCUGCGAGUUCUACCAGGCAUACUCCAACCUGGAAGAGCUGAUGAACACAACAGAAGAGCUCCUAUGCGGGCUAGCGCAGGUCUUCAUCGCAGAGUUCAACAAACGAAAGGAACCGCCCCCAACAGCCAUAGAUUUCACCAUUCCAUUCCACCGUAUCGAUUUUAUAACCGGAAUUGAACUAGGCAUUGACCGUCAGUUGCCCGACCUUACAGCACCUGACUCCUUGGAACAGGUCACCCAAAUUUUUACGGACCUCAAACUCCAAUUACCCGAACACCCUACCCUCCCUCGUCUCCUGGAUGAGCUCUGCAGCAUCUACGUCGAGCCACAAUGCGUUCAGCCCACAUUUAUCAUCAACCCGCCUGAGUGUCUCUCUCCAUUAUCGAAGAGUUUCGUUCACCCUGAUAACAACCAGCGCGUUGCUGCGCGUGCAGAACUCUUCAUCGAAGGCAAAGAAAUUGCGAACAUGUAUGAAGAGGAAAACUCACCGUGGGAGCAGCGUCGCAAAUUCGAGGAUCAGCUGAAGUACAGCAAGGAUGCUAAUGAACCCGGAGAAAUUGAUGAGGAGUAUCUCAGGGCGUUGGAAUGGGGUUUGCCGCCUACGGGCGGUUGGGGGUGUGGUAUCGAUCGUCUGGUCAUGCUGUUUACUAAGGUGAAGAAGAUUGCAGAGGUUUUGCCUUUUGGGAAUUUGAGGCAUGUGACGAGACGUUGAACUUAUUGUGCUUUAUUUGUCUCUGUUGUGACAAAUGGGGGUAAGGCGGAUGAUCGAGCUUGUACUAUGAAUCUUGUACUAUAGUGGGAUAUAUUCUAGUGAUACCAUGUUUCAAUCUGCAGAGGGCGAACAAAAGGACUUCAGUGUC